AUGGUUUUAAGCGUGGGUCAUGGAAAAGAAGUGAUAAGAGGGUUUAGUAGUGGGUUUGUUUAUCCCAGAAUUGCUGUGUUUGUGAGUGGUAGUCUCAACUGGUGCAACAACAAUUUAGAUGACAGUGAAUGGAAUUGGAAUAUAAUUUCUUUUAAUUUAACCACCGAAACAGCCAAAGCUAUAGCGUUACCCAGCCAUGAACACGGAGAUGCCAUUUGUAUAGGUGAGUCAAGAGGAUUGCUUUUUGCAGGUUUUCAUCACAAACAUCAAAUGGAAGUUUGGGUGAUGAAUGAGUUUGGAGAUCAAGAAUCGUGGACUAAACUAGUCUGCAUUUCAAACUUACCAAUUCAUCAUCCACUUCCCCGGGGUUCAGAGAACACUGCAUACAUGGCUCUGUGUAAUGCUAAACUCGCAAUUGUACAUGUUUCGGAAAACGGUGAUAUUCUAAUGAUGGUUGGGCAUCAGUUGAAGCUCCAUAGACCUAAUGCUAGAAGGGGUAAGAAUUUUAAUAUCCCCUAUGCUCUUGGUUAUAUGGUUGGUACUUAUGUGGAUACCCUUGUUUCUCCAGCCAUGAUUGGUCUGUAA